AUGGAGGCUGUAGCUGUGGACACCAUAGCCGAGCAGCUGGACUGCCUUGUCUUAGCCGAUGUCUUUAGUGGUAGUUGUCGUAGAGAGUGCUUGCCAAGUCUGUGUCUGUCCUCACAAGCAGUGGUGGAUAUGCUGGAGCUCAGUCGUCCAACGAUCAUCCGUAUGGGAGGAGCAUUGAUUUCGAAACAAGUUCAGGGUUGGAUGUCAUCUAAGAUGGGACCAGUUAAAGAGCAUAUUAGAGUAAUGGAUGUACCCACGAGAAGACAUGAUGUUGACUGGAACAGUACCAUUGUAGUAGAUGCUACCUGCGCAGAGUUUGCUAGGAUGGUCGAUGCCCUGAACGUCACUACAGAAGCUCUCACGUCCAAUCGUCUCCUGAGAGAUCGUGUACAUGCUAUCAGCGGCCGAAUUGAGGAGAGGGUACACGCUGAGCUUGGGGAUGAGUGUACGGAACCAAAUAUCAGUCGAGCAUUGGCUACCUUCGCAUCGAGCCAAAAGGAAUGUGUAGUCAUAAGUAGCAGUAUGAGCUGCCGUAACUUUGAUACCUUCGUAAGUACCAGCGUGGUAUCGAGCGGUGAUCUAGACGUUGCUAUUGGUCAGUGCCCUCUAAGGACCAAUAUACCCCGAUCUUCCUGCAGUAGGGGAGUGAGUGGUAUUGACGGAACUAUCAGCACGACCAUAGGAUACGCUGUAGGGUGUGGGCUCUCGACAAAUCUCCUUAUUGGAGAUGUUGCGGCCAUUCACGACCUCAAUUCGGUUGUCCAAUUGGCCAACUACUUGAAUGGUGGGGGUAUGGUCGGGGAGGUCAGAAUACCCCCGGUGAAGAUCGUGGUGUGCAAUAACAAUGGUGGUAGCAUGUUCAAGUUCGUGCCUAUCGGGAAGUACUCUGAGGAGGUGGCCUAUGACAAGAAUUUCCGCACCCCCAUCGAAGUGGCUUUCGCUGGUGCGGCUGAGAUGAUGGGCCUGAAGGGAAGCACCAAGGUGGAGGGCCUGUCUGAGAUGGUUGAAUGUCUUGGCCAUAAUCCUUUCCUCAGUGUGAGUGUCGAGUUGGCCUAUUGUCAGUGA